AUGGGCAACAUCUACUCCGGUGUCCCUAGUGCUUUGAUUCCUGGUGGAAGAAACGAUGUACUUGCCAGCCUUGACGCUUCGCCAAAAACUACGUCUCCUCAACACGCGUUGUUUCCAACGCUUUAUGUUGGAGAAUCGCCUUUUGGACUCUAUGCUAUGGAUGUAUUAGUGGACAAACAUACGAUCACCUACGCUCCAAAAUAUCUUGGACCACCACUUCUGGAAGGCCCGAGCCCUAUAGCUCUUUCGGACGAAGAGAAGUCAAAAUUUGUUCCUAGCGCGAGGCCAAUGAUUUCUAUCGAUGUUCCAGCUUUCACCCACAAAACAACAGAUGGAGAGUUCUUACUUUUAGGUUAUCAUGAGAAACCUGCAGUGGAUCUGGGAGCAAUUUUACCGAUUCGAUUCACGAAUACGCCUUCAUUUCCUCCGAUCGUCUACAAACGAGACUUGGGGGAUAUCAAGCAGAUCACCUCUACUUCAACGCAAACAUUCGAAGCAUCGCUGAGUGGAAUGCUGCUCGAGAUCUACCUACGUCAUCCUACAGCUUUCGCUACAGCUGUUUUCACCCUUCUUACGUUGGCGAUCACUGUUGUAUGGAUGUGCGGAAAACAAUCUGGAGUUGCUUUGAUCGCCAACGGAGAGGCUCGCAGCGCUCAAACAUCGAGACAGUCGAACACUGGAACGACCUGGAUAUUCACUAGAAAGGAGGAGGUGCCUGAAGGAUGGAUGAGAGUUGGUAAACUGCAGUACAAUCCUUCGGAAAUACUUGGACGUGGUUGUGAAGGAACUGUUGUAUAUAGAGGCAAAUUUGAUGGCCGAGAUGUAGCCGUUAAAAGGGUAGUGUCUGAGUUUGUGAGACUUGUGGAUCGUGAAGCUGAUCUUCUGCGCGAAAGUGACACCCAUCCGAACGUUAUUCGGUACUUCUGUAUGGAAUCAGACAGUCAGUUUCGUUACCUUGCACUGGAAUUGUGUGUUGCUUCCCUUAAUGACUACGUGCAUGAAGCUACGGUUCGAGAAAAAGUCUGCAUCACUUCAACCGAGCUUCUGCGUCAGGCGACCGAAGGAUUGGCUCACCUACACAUUAUGCACAUAGUUCAUCGUGACAUGAAACCUCAAAACGUGUUGCUGUCGACAACAGGAACUCGUGGAGUUCGUGCGGUCAUUUCCGACUUUGGCCUAUGUAAGCGAGUACAACCUGGUAGACAUUCACUUUCGAAAAGAAGUGGACUUGCUGGUACAGAUGGUUGGAUCGCGCCUGAAGCGCUUAGCUCCGAGAGCACUAGCUUCCCCGUUGAUGUUUUCUCUCUCGGAUGUAUUUUCUACUAUGUGCUGUCAGAUGGAGACCACCCAUUUGGAGAUAGUUUGCACAGGCAAACGAAUAUCGUGAACGGAGAUUACAUGCUUCGCGGAAUAAAACGAGAUGUCCCAGUGGCUAUCUCUCUGAUUGAAUCAAUGAUUCAAAGAGUCCCGAACAUGCGACCGUCAUUGCCGUGUGUUCUGGCACAUCCUUUCUUUUGGGAACCCGAUCGAAGAUUGCAAUUUUUCGGGGAUGUUUCCGAUAGAAUUGAAAAGGAAGAUGAUUCGAGCACAAUCGUGCGAAGGUUAGAGCAAAACGCUCGUGCUGUCGUCAAAGGAAACUGGAGAAAUAACAUAUGCGAUCCGCUUGCUGCAGAUCUAAGGAAGUUCCGUACAUAUAAAGGGAAUUCGGUAAAAGAUCUUUUACGUGCAAUGCGCAAUAAAAAGCAUCAUUACCGGGAGCUCCCUCAAGACGUUCGCGAUUCUUUGGGUCAUAUUCCUGACCAAUUUGUCGUAUACUUCACCUCACGUUUCCCUUUGCUAUUACUUCACACAUACGAAUCAAUGGAAUGGUGUGCACAUGAAGGAAUUUUUCGAAAUUACUAUCCGGACGAGGUCCGACUUCGCAUGAAAAAGGAAAUAGAGAAGGAUGAACUGCAAAGAAGAGCAGAUGCUCAAAACAUCGAGUCCGAGUGGAUCCGUGGCCAACCUGCGAAGGGGAAAGAAUGUUAUGAAAGUAUCAUUUAUUUAAUAAAAACAUUCCAGUUCAUAGUGUCGGGCUUAUCAAAUUCGAGCGAGAUUCUUCUGAAUGACAGACGAGUCGAACAGACUUGA